AUGUCUUCAAGUAAAUUCAGAAGAGCAUUGGGAGCCGUCAAGGACCAAACUAGCAUUGGCCUUGCCAAAGUUGGCAGCAGCACUUCUCUAGCGGACCUCGAUGUCGCCAUUGUAAAGGCUACGAGGCACGAAGAAUACCCAACCGAAGAGAAAUACAUAAGAGAGAUUCUUAGCUUGACAUGUUACUCUCGCGCAUAUAUCAGUGCCUGUGUCAACACCAUCUCCAGGCGUCUCAACAAAACCAAGAACUGGAUUGUCGCCCUCAAAACCCUCAUGUUGAUCCAACGGCUGCUUUCUGAAGGUGAUCCUGCUUAUGAACAAGAGAUAUUCUUCUCCACUAGACGUGGGACUCGGUUUCUCAACAUGUCUGAUUUUAGGGAUACUGCUGGUUCCAAUACAUGGGACUACUCUGCCUUUGUGCGCACAUAUGCAUUGUACCUUGACGAACGGCUGGAGUUUCGAAUGCAAAGCCGGCGAGGGAAACGCAGUGUGUUUGGAAUCGAAGACGAGGAGGGUCCAGAGCAAAACUCUAAUAACCAGCAAGUGUGUAAUAGAGCCACACCUGUGCACGAGAUGAGGCACGAUAAAUUGUUCUCAAGGAUGCAACAUUUGCAGCAGCUCCUUGAACGAUUUAUAGCGACACGUCCAACAGGUGAAGCAAAGAACAACAGGGUCAUAAUAGUGGCCCUAUACCCGCUAGUGAAAGAGAGUUUCCAGAUAUAUUACGACGUAACAGAGAUAAUGGGCACACUCAUCGACCGCUUCAUGGAGCUUGAAGUCCCCGACGGUGUCAAAGUCUACGAAGUAUUCGUUCGCAUCGGAAAACAAUUUGACGAGCUGGACGUGUUCUAUACCUGGUGUAAGAACGUCGGCAUUGCACGCACCUCGGAGUACCCCGAAGUGGAGAAAAUCACGCCCAAAAAGCUCGAGGUGAUGGACGAGUACAUCCGCGACAAGUCGGCUAUGGAACAAGGCCGGAAAGUAAUUAGGGCUCUAGAGCCAAGAGGUGAAUCUCCUGUGUCUGUGGAGUCCAAAGAAGAACCGGAUAUGAACUCCAUUAAAGCCCUUCCUUCCCCGGAAGACGUCGCGGAGGCUCCAGUGGAGGAAGAGAAGGAGGAAGAGCCGAUCGUGGAGAAAGAUGAACCGAAAAAACAAGACGUGGGUGAUUUGUUGAACUUGGGAGAUGAUGCCGGCACCAAUGAAGAACAAGGUGUCAGACUAGCGUUGGCAUUGUUCAAUGGACCGGAGGGUUCUAUAACCUCCACGACGGGUCCCCAACCAUGGGAGGCGUUUUCAGAGGAAGACGAUUGGGAAACAGCUCUUGUCCAGUCUGCAACCAACUUGCCAAACCAGAAGACCUCUCUUGGAGGAGGAUUCGACUUGUUGCUGCUAGACGGAAUGUACCAACAAGCUCAGGUAACGUCAACAAUGGCUGGCCCCGGUUAUGGAACCAGCGGCAGUGCAAGUAGCGUUGCGUUGGGCUCUGCUGGAAGGCCAGCAAUGCUAGCAUUGCCUGCGCCACCAACACAGUCUGAUCAGAAUGCGGAUAGGUCAAUGGUUGUUGGGACAACGCAUGUAGACCCAUUUGCCGCUUCAAUGGUGGUGCCGCCGCCGUCGUACGUGCAAAUGUCAGAUCUGGAGAAGAAGCAGAAGCUGUUGAUGGAAGAACAAUUGAUGUGGCACCAGUACGCAAGGGAUGGGAUGCAAGGGCAGAUUGGAUUGACAAAGCUACAACAUAACCCUCAUUAUCAUCCAAACGUGGGAGGUUACACACACACUUACUGA